UCCUGCUGGGCUUAUCAGCUUUAAAAUGCAAUCAAAUCUAAAUUGAAAUUGCAAUUGAUUAGACAGACAAGUAGACCAAAGCGCGUAGUCGCAAAGUGCAAAUCAAGUAGUGCAGUUUACAAGCAGAUAUCUAGCCAGUCAUGUUCAGCGUCUUUCUAGCGCUUAGCCUCAGUCUCUUGGCAGCCAUUUACUGUUGGUUACACCAGCACUUUCGCUAUUGGGAAAGACGCCGCCAGCCGCACAUACCAUCCACACUGAUUGUGGGUAAUGUCUUCGAUCUACUGCGUUAUCGUUGCUGCUUCGGCGAGCAAUUUGAGCAGCUCUACAAGCAUGAAGCCGCCAGCGGUCAAGACUACGUGGGCAUACAUGUGCUGCAUAAUCACGCGCUGCUGCUGCGUGAGCCCGCGCUGAUCAAACGUGUGUUGGUGAGCGAUUUCAGCGCAUUUGCGAGCCGCUUCGAACGCAGCGAUCCAGUGGGUGAUGCGAUGGGCUCACUGAACUUAUUCUUCGCGCAAUACGAAAUAUGGAAGGAGAUUCAUAAUAUAUUCUCGCCGCUGUUUGCUCAUGGCAAAGUUAAGCAAAUGUAUCUGCUGCUACAAGAGGUUGGCUACAAGCUGGAGACGCAUAUGAACGCUUUGAACUUUGACACUGAGCACUCGGUGAUCAUUGAGGUUAAGGAGUUGUGUGCGCUCUUCACCACCGACGUCAUAGCCUCGCUUGCGUUCGGCAUCGAAGCUAAUAGUUUGGCGAAUCCGCAAGCGGAAUUCCGACGCAUGUGCAUCGAAGUGAAUGAGCCGCGUCUCAAGCGUAUACUACAUCUCUUCACCAUGUUCUUUGUGCCGGAGAAAGUCAAACUGGUACGCACACAUCUCUACUCAACGGAAUAUGAGAAAUUUAUGCGCGCCUCCAUUGAGUAUGCCAUUGCGGAACGCCUGCGUAGUGGUAACCAACGUAAUGAUCUUAUCGACAUAUUUAUAACAUUAAAGCGUCAAGCCGCCAAUGGCGCUAAAGACAGCGUGUUGCAGCAACCUGAUUUCUUUGUUGCACAAGCGGCUUUCCUGCUACUAGCAGGCUUCGACACGUCCUCUUCAACAAUCACGUUCGCGCUCUAUGAGCUAGCUAAACAUGCAGAGUUGCAACAGCGUCUGCGCGCAGAGUUGCGUGUGGCAUUGCUGAAAAGUGGUGGCGCGCUGGACCACGACGCCAUUUGUAAUGAACUGCCAUAUAUGCGCAUGGUUGUCGAUGAGGUGCUGCGUUUAUAUCCACCCACUUCAUUUCUCGAUCGACGCUGCACCGCUGAGCAGGGUUACUGUUUACAGCAACCGAGCGGCGGUUAUCGCAUACCACAGGGUAUGCCCGUUUAUAUAUCGGUGCUCGGUUUGCAUCGUGAUGCACGGUUCUGGCCUAAACCACUCGAGUUCGAUCCGGAGCGCUUCUCAACUGAAAACCGCAAGCUGCACACACCUAUGAGUUAUUUGCCAUUUGGUGCCGGUCCACGCGGUUGUAUUGGCAGUUUACUUGGUUUGUUGGAAGUUAAAACGGGACUUGUACAUAUCUUGAAGAAUUUCCGUGUGGAGACUUGCUCGCUCACUUUGCCUGAGAUGAAACUUGAUGCUAAAACCUUUGUUUUGGCAGCAGAGGGUGGCACUUACUUGCGUUUUGUGCAGGAUAAAAUUUAUUGAUGGAAAUAAAUAUGUUCUUCCGAGGAAAUAUUAAUUAUUUGUUAUUGAAGACAAACCCUGUUUAACACUUAUAAAUCUACUUUGGAUAGAAAUCCCAAGUUCAAUUGGUUUAUAUGAAAAACCUAAUAUGUUGCCAAAUUAUAAUUUCUUAGAAGAGCGAUAUGAGGUGACCUAGGUUCAUACAACCGAUCCAGAUUUUUCGAGCAUAGGGCCCUUUUCUUGACCUUUUCAAUAAAUUUACAAAAACAAGUCUUUUGGUCUCGACUAAACUCCCUUGGAGGCAAGGUAUCUGAUGUGACUUCAUCAAUUUGAUGGAUUUCAAAUAUGCUGAAGUUCGGUUGAGAUUAAGGACCGUCAUAAAUACUCAGAUGAUGCUUUCAAUAUAGAAAGACAAAGUAAACCUGAUUUUCAAUCCGGAAAUAACUUCGAUUGUAUGUUCAAGGAAUGAAUCGACUUUCCUGGGUUUUUUGAGACUUUGAGUCCAUUUUGCUCAAAACCUCGACGUGAUGGGCACUUUUGGAGGUAAUAUUCGUGUUCAGCGAUGAAAAUCCUAUAAGAAUAUCAUUGUCUGAUCUUUGAUGCAUUUUUUGUGUCGACCAGUGUUAUUCUUGAUUUAUAUUCUCAUAUGACAUAUCCCAACGGUCGAAUUUUGAUAUUAUUGAAAAAAAUGGAUCCAACUCAGUACACUCAUGAUUUUAUCUCUUUUAUAUAGCAUUACAAUUCAAAUUAUACUGUCUUCACACCAUUGAAACGACCAUUUUAAUAACAACCGUUGUGGAAUCUAAUCCAGUUCCAUAAAAGCUUCCUAGCUAGCUAGGUUUGAAAAUUCUGAAAUUCUGAAUUUGAAAUACCUAAUUUUUACUUUCUUUUGGAGAGCAUUUUUGACUUCGAAAGGGCAACCAGACUCAACAUAACCUCAAUACCAUUCAUCUUACUAUCUAAAUCCAUGGCAUAAACAGAACAUAAAGUAAUCAAGUCUAAGUAGAUCGAAGACAAAGACAACUUAGAUCAGUAAUUCUACAAUCUAUCUAUGAGAGAAAGAGCAAUCAUCGAUUAAUAAAAACCCACAUAAGC